GAGCAUAAAACUACUAUUCAGGGACUUGGUCGUUUUUUCAAGGAAGUGGCCCAAAGUGCUCGAGCUAACUCCGAUGACAGCACUGACGACUUUUUAGGAUGUAUCAGUAUGAACCUCAGUGAUAUUUCACCUGGUGGAAUCGAGCACUGGUUCCCUCUACAACCUCGAACAGAAAAAAGUAAAGUCUCAGGCAGUGUAAAGUUGAAGCUGUGGCUUUCUACACGUGAGGAGCGCUUUGGAUCUGGAGAGGACGAUUUAUUGGAUGUCAAAGAACACAUAGGACUAAUGCGGCAGUUCACUCUCUAUGAAAUUCGUCUUAGCGGUGUUAGUUUUAUUGCCUUGGCCACCAUGCAUUCAAUGAUUCUGUUCUAUCUACCUGAAGCUCCAGUCCGCCUUUGGGAUGGUGUGUUCCCUGAUAAAGCGAAUACUAUUCUUCGACAGCAUGCUCUGCAGGGUGAUCUGACUGAGGUUCAUACAGCCAUGUGGUCAGUAUGCAUCAAUUCGUUUGUUGUAAUUGUCAAGUGCCUCCGUUGGCUCGCCUUCCACUCUCUUAUAUCGUUCGAUAUUUCUUUUUCGCUGCUUGCCAAAGCUCUUCAGAACAUGCAGGAUAAAUGGCAGCCGAUGGCACUAGAUAAAGUAAGUCUGGUUCUACUGCUGUGA